AUGGCAACUCUCAGCGAGCCUGUCCCCAAGCUUUUCCAGCCCAUCAAAGUCGGGGAUAUGACCCUCGGCCACCGUGUGGUCAUGGCGCCGCUCACGCGCGGACGUGCAACGAAGAAGCACGUCCAUACGGACCUCGCGGUGACCUACUACGCUCAACGCGCCUCCGUCCCCGGCACCCUCAUCGUCGCGGAGGCGACCUUCAUUGCCCCUCGCGCGGGGCUCUACGACCACGUGCCUGGAGUGUGGAACGACGAGCAAAUCGCUGCGUGGAAGAAGGAUAGUAACGCGAUACACGCAAAGGGGUCAUACAUAUACCUUCAACUUUGGGCGCAUGGCCGCGCUGCGGACCUCGCGGUGCUGAGAGCAGAAAACCCCGACUACCCGUAUGUCUCGUCGUCGGAUAUUCCGCUGUCAUCCGGGAAGAAUGGGGAGAAGCCGCGUCCGCUUACGAUUCCAGAAAUCAAGGAGUACGUCGAGACGUACGCGCAGGCGUCUCGAGACGCCGUGUUCAGCGCAGGAUUCGAUGGCGUUGAAGUCCACUGUGCACAUGGGUAUCUGGUCGACCAGUUUAUCCAGGAUACCUGUAACAAGCGGACGGAUGAGUAUGGCGGUUCGAUCGAGAACCGGUGCAGGUUCGCGCUCGAGGUCAUUGACGCUGUCGUGGAGGCCGUUGGACCGACAAAGACAGGCUUCAGGCUUAGCCCAUGGAGCACGUUCCAAGACAUGCGGAUGGACGACCCCGUACCGACCUUCACCUACCUGGUCUCCGAGGUCGUAGAGACCCAUCCCGAUCUGGCAUUCAUCCACUUAGUGGAGCCUGGCGUGGGUGGGGGCAGCGAUAUCGAAGCCAAGGCGGGCGAGUCAAACGACUUCAUUCGCAAACUGUGGCUCCCGCGGCCUCUGAUCACUGCGGGUCGGUACACGCGUGAGUUAGCUAUCGCCCGUGCUGAGGAGAUUCCGGGCGAGCUUCCUGCAUUUGGACGGCUCUUCAUCUCUAACCCUGACUUGCCCCUGCGAUUGCGCAAGAAUCUGCUGUUGACCCCCUGGAAUCGGGCUGUCUACUAUACACCAGAGGAUCCGCAUGGGUACACCGACUACCCAUUCGCAGAGGAGAAUUGUGAGGAACGGGGGGUGUAG